AUGCUCAGAGCCAUAGGAAGUACCAACCGACACUUGGUUGCAUCCUUCCGUUCCCAAGCCGUGAUUCAAAAUGGCCUCCGAAAUCUUCAUAUCGAACUAGUGAAGGCCCAACAUGCACCUCCACCUAUUCCAAAUCGUCAAAAACAUCCCGUUCGUACCUCAAAUGUGGCCAGUCCUCGACCUGUACCGCACAAGCCAACACCGUCGAAGAGCCCUUACAAUCACCACAGACGACACGAAGAUGCCUCGACUGCCGUCAUUCACACCCUCAUGCAGUACAUGAAGACUCCGGCGGCCUGGAAACGGCUCGAAACAUUUGUUCACAUCCAGCUCAAGCAGUGCAUUCCCUUUACACCGACUCCUCACCAGCUCCUCGAAGAUGUGACCCUCUUCCUGAUCAGGAGGGUGGAGCCGCAGGUCGCAGCAACCGUGUACGAACGGAUCGUCAGGAAGGGGUAUAUCCCAUCGAAGCUGGUUGAGUCACAGAUGGCCGCAGUUCUGCUGGCGCUUCUGCCUGAAGACAAUCCGCCAUUGUUCGAGAUGCUCGCUAGCAUGGUCGCCGACUCUGAGUUCAGCGAGGACAACUUCGUCGCGCUCCUGAAGACCAUGUACAAGUAUAACGUACACCAGGAUAUCGUAGCCCUCCUCUCCGACCAUUUCAUGACAAGUCGAGGUCCAAGCUACCAGCCGGAUCCCAAGGUUUGGGUCGCCGUUGUUGCAGCGUCUGUACGGGUUGGCGAGGUCGAGACGAUAUCCAGUGCGUCUGGUGCCAGAGGGAGGGCAAGGCGGGGCAGAAUACGGACAUGGUCUGAAGGGAGUGUCGUAAUUUCAAUGGGCGACGAGGAAACCAGCACGCUGGUGAUGCAAUUACAGGAUGUUGUUUCGCACCCCUCCUAUACCGACCACGACCUCUUCCAGCUGUUGGACACCAUGUCAGCUUUCGACGUCGACGACAACGUCGCUUCGAUCAUGCUGGAGACCUUCCUUUCCACCCGUCCUGCAGGCUACCUUCCCAAGCCCGAGCUGCUCAAACUGGCUGUGCAAAUCUCUGCUCUCUCGGGCAACCUCGAACGCGCCUUCCAGAUGGUGGAACAGGACGCGAAGGGACGGCGAGGCCGGUGGCAGGACACCUACAGCGCCCAAUUUUCCUUGCUGACUGUCUUGCGUGAUUUGUACCCUACAGACACAGACAGCUUCAACCGCCUGCUCUCGAUCAUGAACGCCAGCGGGACACCAGCCAACAUUGCCAUGUUCAACGUCAUCCUCUCGCGCACGGUCCGCAUCGGCAAGGUCCGCAUGGCUUCAAGGAUGUACAAGUCCCUCAAGGGUAUGAGCGAGGAGAUGCAGCCCGAUGCAUUCACUUUCUCCACUAUAUUCGCAGCGUACCGGAGCAGACGGGUCAUUUCCUUCCGUCGCAAACUCUCAAGGCUGCCCAUCCGACCCAGCUCUCCAACUGACCCUAAGCAGGUAGAUGCGGUCGUCCCCCCUCGCCGACUCUUCAAAGACCUCUCCGAGAGCACUCGCCGCGGAACACGGCGUGUGCGGCCACAAACGGGGCUACUGAACACCGCUCUACGUGUGUACCUCCGGCACCGCGACUAUCCCGCCGCUGUCGCCGUCCUGCGCGCCUUCAACCGAUGGGGCGUCUCGCUCGAUCACCGAACGUACUACUCGCUCGUCAAACUCCUCAUUCGGAGGAUCUGGCACGAGACUCUUGGUAAACGGCCCAAGGGCACGUUGACAUGGGCAGAUCGCUUUUUGGGUGUGGACCACCCGUGGAAAGUAGAGCUGGGCGAGAAACUCGUGGAGGGGAUGUUCGAGCGGGUAUGUCAGAGGGACUUUGAUGUCUUGAGCCCGAUGUAUAUUCCGAGGCAGGAGAAAAAGGCGCGGAAGGAGCUAUUGGAUGUGGAGGAAGCGGCCUAUCGGUUUCCGACGAUGCAGAUGAUGGAGUCUGUGAACGCGCCCGAACUGGUUGAUUUCGUAUAUGAGGCUAUUCCGCUGGAGAGGUUGAUGAAGAAGGCGAUAUGGGCGGGCUUGGAUCCAAACAGGAGCCCAGUGGAAAGAAGGAAGAUGAUGGAAGAGCAGAUCGCAGAGGCAGAGGCGGAGAUGCUGUAG